UUAUUAUUGUUUUGUAUUUUAAUUUCGUUCCACACACACACACACACACUCGCACACGCACACCCGCCAAUUCUAUCAUAGCAUUUACGAGGUGGUUUGAAUCACAGUGAACAAUUGCUAGGCGCACAUUCAACAGUCGGCAUUCGGCUCGACGUGAGCAAAUUUACGAUAUUCAUGAUAAGAACAAACAGAUGUUCUUCGUAGCACGAAUCGCUAUCGAAAAGGAAGCAAAGAAAAGCACAUUCAAUUGAAUUUUAACGAUUUAUUCGUUUGAGCAGCGAUUAAGCUUUUUUUUCACAUUGAAACUGGCAUACAAUAUUUUUGCGUGAUGAUUUUUGGUUCGAAAUUAUUCUUGAUGUGAUUGAUGUUUUGAGGUGCGAGAAGUGAUAAAGUUGCUUAUUUGUUUGGCACGAUUUUUUUUUGCACAUUAAAAAUUGUAUUUUUCAAUAAAAGUCAAAACGAAAAGAAAUCGUCAAUUCAUUUGACAGAAUUCGAUCGAAUCAUCGUGUGGCAGUGAAAACAAUAAGAAAAGAGAGAAAAAAAUAAAACGUGUGCGCACACAAAACGUAUGUACGAACUGCAGAAAAAUAAAAUAAAGAUGUUCGUGUGAAUGGGGGAGAAUGAAAUGUGUGAUGUCUGGUGUAAUUUUUAUUUUCUGUGUACUUUUUUUUGACGUUUGCACAAAACAUUGUUAGUAGCAUAAAAAUAAAAAGACACACAAUUUUUUUUUAUAAAUGUGUGUCUCAUAUUCCAAACAAAUGAACAAUUUUUGGGAGCCGAGAGUGUAAGAUUCGUCUAUUUUCGUUUGUGUUCUAUGUGUACGGUGAAAAUAUCAUUCCCUUUUGUUGCGAAUAGCAGAUUGUAGCUCGUCUGAUGAAUAUCACCAUUCUGGAGAUCAUGUUAUGCGACAUCGUGUCAUACUCAAGCAAAUAUCCCAAAUAUAAGACAAUGUUAUCCAAAUGAAACUUCAACAAACCACCACGAUUACGAUCACCGUACAGAAAAGAAAAGCAAAGUAAUUGUAACGAGAGAAAAAAAAGAUAGAAGAGAAAAACAAUAUAUGAAAUGAAACAUCAAAAUGAAAAAGGGCUUGAAGGCGAACGAAAUAAAAAAAUAUGCAACACUUUGUAACUAAUAAGCUCAUCAGACAAUCGAAAAAAAACAACAACAACAAAGACAUUUGCAUAUUGUUACGUGUUUCACACUAGAUGCUUUCUACUCGGCAAUUUUUCGUCGCUGUCGUCGUCGUCGCUGUAUAUCCCAUUCAAUAAGCAAUACAUCAGGUGAGAAUAUAUAAAGACAGUAGCAAAACAAACAACGAAAUAAAAUAAAAUUCCAAUCUAGCAAUUAUAUGACGUGAAUGAUGCAAAAAUGAAUAUAAUAAGUAAUGAGACGAAUAACAACAAACAAAACCACAGUAAUGAAGAAGAAAAACCAUGCAAACCAAAGUGAAUAUAUAUAUCAAUGAAAGUGUGCAAUGAGAAAACUGUGACAAAAUUCAAGACAUAAACGAAAAUAGUAAAGAAACGAGAAAAAAGAUGAUCAAUAGAAUAGAAAACGAGUGAAAAGGUCGUCGAUGUGAGUGAAAACUGUUUCUAUUUUCAAUGUUCGUAGCAUACCUCUGAUAAGACAAUUUAGUUGAAAAAAACCAUCAGUAGGGCAACUGCAUCAAUCUGUGUUUACUUGCGGGUGUCCAUUUUUUUGCAUAAUUCGUCGAAUGCGAAUAUAUUAACAUUUUUAGUAAAGAAAAAAUCCAACAGUCAAACGAAAUAGAGAGAAUUAAAGUGUACAUCACACAGGUGAAUGGAAGACAAUAAAUGCCAUCGAUUGGUGCAAAAGAGAAAAAAGGCACAAACAAUAUAGAAAAGUGCAUCAUCGAAGUAUAAAAUCAUAUUGCGAAAAAAAACAACACGUCUGCGAAACAUUUUAAAAAUCCAUAGAACAUAAUGAAGGCAUUUUGCUUUACGAUUGGCUAAACAUUGCAUAAUAAUAACUUUUACACUUCACGGAAAUCACUCAUAACACGAUAUGAUUGAGAUAGAACAAUUUAUUUAUGAAUAAAAUUGAAUUCAGAACGAACAAGCACAAAAAAACUAAUUAAUCUAAACUUCAAUAAAUAAAUUAAAUGUGGUUGUCUUAAAAUUCAUUCCGACAACAUUUUUAAAGAAACUCCCUAAGAAAUAUAAAUAUAAAUGAAAUAGAAACUGAGCAUACUUAAUCAUUGUCGGUGUAGAGAAAUAAAUUCCGAUUUAAGAGUUCAACUAAACAAAAAUAAAGACCGAAUCAAAACGAAGAAGAAGGGUUAGCUGUGAUUUCAGUGGAAAUCCGCCGAGAAGAAAUAGUUUCCAUUUUACCAAGAAUACGAUCAGCAAUAGCCAGAGCAUUUGCAAGCAGAGUAAUUCAUUACAAAGUAGACGUGACACAAAUCAUACAAGUGCAUGUCGAUUUACAGUCAAUUAGUAACGAUUCGUUUGCAAAGCACAAAAACCACACACAUCGAACAUUCGAAUGUGCCACCGAUCAUAAACGCAAUAAAAUGCCGUGUGGCUUGUACAGUAGAUGGAUGAUUGUCAGUCGUGUUUGGGAAAAGUCAACGAGAUUGUGGUUAAACCGAUUAUUGCAAUCAAAUUAAUAAUUGAUAUAUAUAUUGGAAUAGUAUUUGAAACAUGAAAUUAUCAAUAUUCGCGAAGAUGGCAUCGUUGACAUCAACAACAGCACCUGUUCAAAUCAAUCAAAAAUCGCCUCGAGCCAAAACCAAAGCGUUAGGUACAUGGAUUUAUAUGAUUGUCUUCCUCAUGGCAAUAAACAUUUAUAAUGAUUAUAUUGGCAUAACGAUGCUAUGCAAUGCCGGACCGAUGCCAACUUCUUUGGUAUUGCCACCAUCAUCAUCGUCGGUUAAUUCGCCAACAACAAUUCGGGUGGUAAAUUUAACAAGACAACAUGGUGGUGAUAUUUUUACAGCGUUUGAUGAAUCAAAAUGCGAUGUGGACACAUGUGUUGGCCUAUCAAGCGGAACUGCUGGCACCAACGGUAACGAUGCAUCAGAUAUUGGAAAACACGGAACAAACGAUGACUGCAACUGCCAGUGUCUACCUCAUCUGGAUGCAUUUCGUGAGGAUUUGAACAUUUGCGUUGAUGACAUUCAUGAAUGUACGUUGGCACCGUUCGUGAGCGGAUCGACGUCGGAGAAAAUACCAUUUGUAUUCUUGCCAUUACGCGGCCAAAUCAUCCAUCCCUCAAGAUCAUUGGAUCUCAACAGUAUUAAAGCGCCAAUAUGUGCUGUAUCUGGAGCACAGUAUCUAACAACAAGUGGAUGGACGGAGUUACGUAAUGCGAUCGAUUUAGAUGUUCCGUUUCGUUUAUUCCGAGAUGAAGGCAGAACCUUUUUGCAGUGGCUUGGUGAAUCGGAUUUGCGAUUUAAGAUGCAGGGUCGUCUAAUUCUCGUGUCAUUGAUGUGUCGUGAAACAAUUAUAGGCAUCGAUAAUGAUAUAACAGAUCGGGCCGCAAUGAAAUCAGUAAAAUCUACACAAAACAUCUUCACGCCAUGCGUUGCAUUUCGCGUUGCUGGAAUGCCGAUUAAACAUAUUAACAAUGUAACAGAAGUGUCAUUCCAAUCAGAAUCCACUUCAAGCACACUCGCGUCAAUAGAUGGCCUAUCGGCGAAGGAGUAUAUUCUGAUUGCCAUAUGCAGUUUGAUUUUGGGUUUGAUUUAUGUGGCUUCGGUAUUUCUCUAUAUUCAUGUCAAACGAUACAAAACCCGAACAUCAAACAAUGACAACGACAACGAUGGGCCACAACGAAAAUCCGAAUAUCAACAAAACGACGAAGUGACUUUUGGAAAUGGUUUCAAUCGCAGCACCUAUGAUCGUUCAUCGGGUUCAAUUACGGGUGGAAUAAUGCCCGAUCGGCAUAAGAAUUUAAAUCGAAAUAUGUCAUUGAAUGGGCUUGGCAAUGAAGAACAAGGCGUUAUUAAAAGUAAUCCACUCUUAAAACACUAUCCAAAUUUUAGCGAUAAUUCGGGAUUCAUCAGCGAUAUGUCAAACUCGAAUUCGGAAUGUGGCGAAGAACACAUUAGUUCGCAUGAAUUACUUAAAAACAUGCAAAAUGCUUCACAUUCGCACAGUUCAAACAGUGGUCAGAUGCGCGAUGGGUGUGAAAAUACAACACCAAGUCCAACUCAAGAGACAGAAUGUUUACCCGAAGAAAAUGUAUCGAUUAUCGAAGACAUGACAACUGAAGACAAAUUAGAAAAUAUGAAAGCUAUCGUAUCUGGUACAAUGCGCCGAAAACUAUACUUCAAUCCGGCAUAUUUUGAACCACAUUUACUAAUGUCUCCACCGCCGGCGGCGAUUGAAUUUUUGUCAAAGAUCCGUGAAGUGAUUACAUUGGCAAAGUAUAAAAUGGCAUCGAAACGUUUUCAACCGUCGUUAACAAUGAUUCCCGAAGAGCAUCUAAAUAUGUAUGCAGCUAACGGCUCAAAAUCGUUGGUACAACAGAAUAUGAGCAAAGGCGAUAAAAAAUCGUGUGCCGGUUGUUCGGGCUGUGCUAAUGAAAAAGCUGGCGUUAAUUGCAAGAAUUGCGGCGAAAAACGAAAUAGCAUUCGUAAAUGGUUGGAGGGUGUAUCAAAGCAUGAGAGUAACAUUUUAGAAGAAGGCGACACUGAUGAAACCGAACAAACAACGGAAAAAGUUGAAGCAACCGUCAUUAGUACGAUCGAAGUGAAUAAUAGUCCGUCGUCGAAUGCGAAACAAAAUGAUAGUGGCUCCAGUUCGGACAGUGAUACGGUCAAAGAAAAUAGUCUGGGCAGUAAAAAUUCAAAGAAACGUAAGGCACCACCAAUUCCAUCAACGGCACCGAAAAUCAUUUCACAUUACCUAAAGAAAGACUCACAGCAAAUGAAACCGCAACCCGAACGACAGGCGCCAGUAUUCAAAUCCGAUAUUAACAUUGAAAGUAAUAACAAUAACAGUAUUGUUAAAAAUACAAACGUAAACGCGGACGCGAUUCAAUUAAAAGCGGCCAGUUUGUUAGAAAAUACGGAUAUUUACAAUGGUCUAUCGUUAUUGGGUAGUGAAAUCUAUAAUAAUCCACAAUUUAUGCUGAGUUCACCAUCAUUAUCACAUCGAAGUAAAUCGGGACGUAAUUCAAGCCAAUCACGUCAAUCAUCAGCGAAAAAGCGUUUCGAUGUUUUGGAUCAAUAUGCAAAUCCAGCGCAAUUGAUUCAAGAAAAUAUGGUAAAAAAUUUACAAAAUGUACCGGACAUGGUUUAUGAGGCUAUUACAAAAGAUUUUCCACCCCAAAAUCCGGCCAAUCAAAUGUACGGCCAUUUAAAUGUACCCACACCAGACUAUGAUGAUCCAAGCAGCACAUAUUCACGCAAACGUUUCAAUUCGUAUGAUAAUGAUGAGACAUUAAUUCCACCGCCCGAUUACAAUAGCAAUACAUUGGGGCGAAAACAAUAUCAACCCGAUUCGCCGAUUUAUCAUCGAAAAUCACCACAUUAUUUAAUUGUCGACUACGAAACGGACAGUUUGGAACGAACAAAUACAAAUAAAAUGAUACGCAAUUCAAUAACGCCGCAUUCAAAUAAUAGUUCCGAUUUAAGCAGUCAACCAAGUCCAUCGUUAAGUUCAGCAUUACCACUUGAGGAAGAGGUUGAAAUCGGUAAUACGGUUUAUGAUCGGGUCGAAGGAUAUCGAAAAGACGGCGAUCCAAUGAAAGUAAUUCGGAACUUUCCGAAAAAACCAAAACCGCCAUCAAUUUAUGAAGACAUUGGCAGCGUAUCAAAGGCAUAUUUGCAAUCGAGCCGAUCAUCGGAAUCAUCACGAGAGCCGCGUAUCAUGUACAACACGCCAUUUCAUGGGAGUAUGACCAUUGAAGUCGAACAUGAACCAACUGAUGAAGAAAUAUCCACCGAUAGUGAUCAAUUUGAGCCGGACACAUUGGAUCGCAAACCGAAAAAAUUCAAUAACACACCGAAAAUGCCAUCCGAACGAUUUCAAGAUAUUCCCAACAAUCAACGAAAUAUAAACGAUUGGCCAAAUCGACAGUACAAAGCAAAUGAAUACAUGAAUCGAGGAAAAUCGAACAAAGAAUUCAUGGAUUCGAAUCUAUCAUCGUUGCCAGAUAUGAGCUAUUUUAAUAAUAAUAAUAAUAACAACGAUAGUCAGGUUGUGCUACGAUCGUCCGGUUCAUUUAAAAGCAACAGUUUAGGAAAUUAUCUAUCGGAAAUUGGUGCAUUGAUGAACAAUAAUGAUUUGGAAAAGAGUUUUAGCAGCUUGAGAGAGAUUUACGAAGCGAAAAAUCAGAAAAAUUUAAAACAACGACCAGGUCUAACCGAAAAUGAAUUUGAUGGUCGAAUUUUAACGCUUGAAGCAAGACACUCAAAGCGACAACGUCAAACAACGCUUGAUAAAAAUAUGAAGAAAAUUCUACCGCCUGACAUUAUACCACUUGAUUCGAAUAAUAUUUAUGAGGUUCCAUUGAAUGUGGCCAAUAUUAAAAACAACGAAAAAAAUGCACAGAAAAUGUUUGCAUUGCCCAACGAUGAUUUAACAAUUAAUAAUAAAAACAAACGGAGUAACAAUGAUUUGAUAGUCAACAGUGUAAUUGAUAAGAAAAUGCAAAAUGUUCAAAAUAUUCAAAAUAUUGAAGAUGACGUGCAUUUUAUAAGCGAAACAUUGAGCAGCAGUAGUACUAGUGAAAGUACUGACAUAACUGGCAUUUCGGAACCACAACCACAUUCGGAACAAAAUUCACUGAAACAAGCCUAUUCGCAGGUACGAAAGACAUCAAAAUGCUCCGGUGUUUAUAAUUUGGAAGCUAGACGCGCCAGUGAAUUACAAAAUAAUCCAAAAUACAUGAAUUUGAGUGACGUUCAUUCAUUACGUCCCGAACAACCAUCCGAUUGUAACAGUGACACGAGCACACUGAAAACGGGCAGCACAAAAUUUUAUUAUAAAUCGAAUUUAAAUCAAGAGGCCAAUUUGAAUAAUCAUUUUGGUGCAUCCGAAGAUUUGGAUAAAAUUGAAAUCAUUUCAUCGAAAUCAUUGCGACUCAAAGACAUCGAUUUAUCAACCGAAAUCAUUGACAAUACAAAACAUUUAAUAUCCGAAUUGGCCAAUGAUACAAGCACGUUUAAUCCGCAAUUGAAUCAAAUGACACCAACAAAAGUGUUUCACGUUGACAUUUCACCACCAACAAAUGGCAUGCAAAUUGCAUUAGGCAUACGUGAUCGUGUUAAAAAAUCAAAGGAUUUAAAGCAUGCAUGGAAAAAGUUCGUCAAUAUGGCAACAUCAAAAUUUCAAGGUGGAAACAAUGCAACGGCCACUGGACAUACAAAAACCGAAAUUCGUGGUGAAUAUGAUUUAGUGGAUAAAAUGGCAACAUUCACCGAUUCAACCGAUCGAGAUGAUGGUAUUGCAUCGAUGAGUACAUGUGAUGAUAGUAUCACAACGGCAUCCAGCGAUAAACAAUCGAUUGAAAUUUUAUCGCGUACACCGUCGUCCAGUUCAUCGGAUAUGAUUCAAAAACCAAAUAAAACUGAAAUGGAUUACGGUUACAUCAGUGCCGAUUCAAAUGAAUCACGUGCGCAAAAGAAAAAUCUGUACGCUCGUUUCAAUUUUAAAAUGGAUAAAAAUUGUCCGGAACCAUCAACGAGCAAAGCAGCAUUAUGCAAUGGCAGUAGCAAUGAUCGAGAUUGGCGACAACGAUACUUGCAUCGCAUGCAAGAUAUAAAAGAAAAUUCGGAAAGCGAUCGCAAUUCGGUGUCAUCGGCAAAACAUGGACCGAAACCUCAAAUUACAAAACCAAUGAUUUCGGCACCGAUUAGUGCUACAGUGCCAUCGGCUCAACUCAUUGAUUUCAUUCCAAAGGCAAUACCAAUCGAUAAAGACGACGCAAUCAAGGUGCGCAUUUAUUCAUCGUCUGAUGAUGAUCGAUACAGCAGCGGCAUGUCAUCUGAAAGUGAUGGCGAAUACAAUGCAGACGAAUUAUGCGAAUCAGGCGCCGAAAGUAUUGAAACACAUUCCGUUUUCUUCAAAAAUAUUCGAAAAUUAACUGACGACAAUUGAACAACAUUGCAGCAGUUUAAAAUGAAUGAUUGAAAAGAGCGUGAGAAUGUGAGACGAACAUUUAAUUUAGAAACACUGCCAUUUUUAUUUAUAUAUUCUAAACAGAUUAUAUUUCAAAUAUAUUUAUGUCAUUAGAAAUAACGAUUACUAAUACUAUUGCAAUAUAAGGGAACGAAUUUUUCGAUUCAACCGAAAUCAACACGUUAACUUCGUUUAACAAUUGAAACAUGGUUGCAAGGGAGCAAAUGCAAUAGACGCAUUUUUUUUUCUAUCAAAAUUGCAUCUAACCAUUAUAGGUAUACAUCUAAGAACACCAUUCGGCAUCAUACAUGUCUUUCCACACUUAGGUCAAUGGAUAACCAGAUGUUUGUCAAUGACGCCCUUUAAAUUCUCAACAACAAAGCGACGCUCUUUAAAUCAAUUUAUGAAAAAAAAACCUAUACACAUAUACAUAUUUAGCUUUUAGCGCUGUACAUUUGCUAUGAAAAAAAAAACGAGUCGGCAUGAGUUACAUUGAUUCGUUUAUCUUGUUCUCACGCCGAAAUAAUACAUUUAAAUGACGAACAAAAACUGUAUAAAAUAAAUGAUAAAAAAUGGUCGAAAUGGUGCAAUUGU